AUGAGUGCGACAGCCAAGGACGUCGAGCUGUCUAGCGACAUCGACUUCAUCAAGACUCCCGCCGCAAAGCCCGCCGAGUUCGAGACCGGCCAGGACUGCGGAAUUGCCCUGACCAACGUGAGUUUGCCAUUGGCUCGUUUUCAGCCCAAUGUGAAGCUUGCUAAUCCCUCCAAAAAGUCCGCAGCUAUCCACAAUGCUCCCCUGCCCGCAGAUGGCCCCGGAAACGAGAGCUUCUCCAACUACGUUCUAGGCGGCACCCUCGUCGGUGUCCCGGCUUUCGUCACCUACCUGCUCGGUGGUGGCUUCAAGACCUGGGUUUUCUUCGCUAUCGUCCUGCUGCUUCCUAUUCUCGUCGCUUUCUGGACCUAUGCUUCCAGCUGCAGUCCCCGGACCAACACCAAGGUCAAGCUUCCUGGUCGCCCUGUCGAGCAUUACAUCACCUUCAAGCGCGAGGAGGACAAGGCGAAAUGGAGUGGAAAGAACAAGGUCCCCCUGCAAACCUUCGCUGAAAUGUAUCUGGAUGGUCUCGUGGACUUCAAUGGUGAUGUCCUCGAGGUUCUGGAGUACCGCCACGACUGGGCCAACUUCACCUUCACCUGGGAGCUGUUCAAGUUCAUCGUCUUCACCUUCUUCGUCGAUGUGAUCUUCCACACCAAGGCUCAGGAUGAGGAGCAAAUCCGCCCCAACUACGAUCGCGGUAACGACCACUACGCUUGGUUCCUUGGGCCCCGUAUGAUCUACACCUCCGGUAUCAUCUCCGAUACCGAGAAGGAGGAGACUCUGGAAGAACUGCAGGAUAACAAGAUGGCCGUCGUCUGUGAGAAGAUUGGCCUGAAGGAAGGCGAGACUAUGCUGGAUAUCGGCUGUGGCUGGGGUACCCUGGCUAAGUUCGCCAGUCUCAACUACGGCGCCAAGGUUACCGGUCUUACCAUUGCGGAGAACCAGACUGCUUGGGGUAACGAUGCUCUUCGCAAGGCUGGUGUCUCUGACCAGCAGAGCCGCAUCUUGUGCAUGGAUUACCGCGAUAUUCCCCGUACCAAGUACGACAAGAUUACGCAGCUGGAGAUGGGCGAGCACGUCGGUAUCCGCAAGCUUACUACCUUCUUCCGUCAGUGCUAUGAUAUGCUCAAUGAUGAUGGUGCCAUGUACGUUCAGCUGUCUGGUCUGCGUCAGGCUUGGCAGUACGAGGAUUUCAUCUGGGGUCUCUACCUGAACAAGUACAUCUUCCGUGGAGCUGAUGCCUCGACUCCUCUGUGGUAUUACGUCAAGUGUCUGGAGCAGGCUGGCUUCGAGCUUAAAGGAAUUGAUACCGUCGGUGUUCACUACUCCGGUACUCUCUGGAGAUGGUACCGCAACUGGGUCGGCAACGUCGAGGCUAUCAAGGCCAAGUACGGUCCCAGGUGGUACAGGAUUUGGGAGCUCUUCCUCGCCUGGUCCGUUAUUGCCUCCCGCGAGGGUAUGGCUACCUGCUACCAGAUGGUCGUUGUCAAGAACCUGAACUCGACUCACCGUGUCAACGGCAUCUCCUCCCAGUUCGGUUUGGCCGGUGCCCUGGCUGCCAGCAAGGCCGCCGGCAAGAACAAGUUGCCUUAA